CUAUGCUGCCCGAUUCAACUUCAGCUCUUCUUCUCCUCAGCAUCCUCCAUGUUCACUCCUCUGUUCUGUCCUGUCGGAUCGGGACCCAAACAGAGUGUGAUGCUGCUCCUUUUGUACCAGGCCACGACCUGGUGGGGCAAAGUUUUGAUAUAGUCACACUGGAGAGGAAAAGACUUCAUGUGAUUGAUGUGAAUACUUACCUGAGCCCCACCGAAAGCUGUAUUCUCUGCUCCAACCCUCUUCAAAAACAUGCCCUCCAAAAACUUCCAUAUUCUGUUGUGGACUGGAGUUCCAGCAGUGAAUGCAGUGAUGACAUCUUCAGCAGUUAUCACACCUCUACCAGCUCUCUAAUUAAGUCUUACACAUCCCAAGAUACCAGUGAUUGGACGUUUGGAUUGGAAAUUGAAAAGGAUUUGACUGACAACUUUGAUGUGGAAGGAAGCCGCUCCAAAGCCCACGAGUUCCUUUCAAAAAAGAUCAAAGAUGAUCGCUACACUUUCAGCACACACAGUGUCACCUGCAGCCGUUAUGGUUUUAUAUUAUCAACCACACCUCCCUUAAGCUUUAAAUUCAAAACGCAGUUGGACAUGCUACCAAGUCACUUCAAUUACUCCACCAAGAAUGACUACCAAGAGUUCAUACACACCUAUGGUACACACUAUUUCAGAACGGUUCAUCUUGGAGGGCGACUGAGACGAGUGACAUCUUCACGAAGCUGUUUGGUCUCCAUAAAUGGGUUAACCUCAACUCAGGUCCACUCCUGUUUAUCUAUGGGUGUUGCUGUUGGCUUGGGGAAGGUGCAACUCUCUAGUGUCCMGAAGUCUUGCAUUGGUGUCCUACAAAACAAGGACUCUGCCACUGGCUACAGMUCUGGUCUCCACCAACACUUCASARAGGURUCAGGAGGAAAUGGUUGGUUGGGGAAAUUUUCAAUUUCCAAAAAUGAUUCCAUGGGCUWCAUGAACUGGCUAAAGAGCCUGRAAGAAYAUCCAGAUGUUGUUUCAUACUCCCUUCGACCUCUCUAUGAGCUUGCGCCAAGCAUGCUUCAAAAGGCAGAGAUGAAAGCUGCUAUUGAGAAGUAUUUGGAGGACAAUGCUGUGAAGAAAUCACUCAAAGARCCACACUGUGAGGGYAAAACUCCUAAUGUGGCMUCUAACUGCUGCCCUCUGCAUGCCUCAAGGGGAACUCUAUCAGUGACCAUUGUUCGAGCCUGGAAWCUAUAYGGAGAUUUUAUUGGAGUAACUGACGGCUAUGCCAAGAUGUACUAUGGUUCCAYRCAACRCAGKACCAAAAUCAUCCAGUCCAAUAAUCCUCAGUGGAACGCUGAGUUUAAUUUGGGCAAGGUUGACACCAACCUGGCUCUGAAGAUUGAGGUUUGGGAUAAAGACUKGAUAAAAUCCGACGACCUUCUMRUACGGUGCGAGWASYACCUGAUCCCUGGCAGUCACACUUUCACGUGCGCAGGACAGUAUGGAAACGUUGAGGUUAAAUACACGCUGACCUGUGACCCGUAUCUGACUGGAGAAAAGUGCAGCCGUUAUAAACCAUCUCCUUAGUGACAGGAGAUUUGUGAGUUUUGGGAAUGAAAGCAUUUCAUUUCUUCACGUAACAUUAACUCACUAAAUCUGGUAGAAACUCACAAUUUAAAUUUAAUUGCUUGACUUUGUUAAAGGCCUAGCUAAAUGUGUAUUUAUCAUAUAA